AUGUCAACACCCAUCAACGGCGUCGGCAGUACCGACCUAGAAAUCAUCGAAAUCGUUCCCAACGGCGACAUAAUCCUCGACGUAACCUUUGAGACCUCCAAACCCGUCAUCCUCGCCGCCAAGAAAGCCUUUGCUGCCUUUUCCUCUCGACCAACUCGGACCAGCAAGGCAACAAUACCCGGACAAGGACCCGCAAAGACGCCAGUCAGACCACCAAGACCACCACCCAAGCCCAGAGAAAGAGUUGGUUUCCGCGUUCAUCUGUCUGUCCUGAAGGAGCAUUCGCCCUACUUUGCCCGUUUGCUCUCAGACACGCGUUUUGCCGAGGCCAAAGCUGUUGAAGCGGCUCUGGCUAAGCUUUCGCUGGAAAACAUUAGUCCUGGCGAGGCGGACUGGACGCAGCUCCCACGGGUGAGCAUUAGAGAAGAUGACGAGGCUACGCAGAGUGCGGAGAUGAGGUAUAUCUUUCAUGAUUUGCUGUAUAUACUGCAUCAUGGGAGGCCAGAAACGCCAGACGAACCAGUCACCACCGAACCAGCACCAACAGCACCCCCCCUGACAAUCCCCUACCUAACCACCCUCUCCCUCCUCGCCGACCGUUUCUCCUGCACCCCCUCCCUCUCCCGUCUCCCUUCUUCUUCUUCCCACACCCCCUUAAAAUGGCCCGCGACACCCACCCGCCUCACCAAAGACCAAGACGGCCACGCCCUCACUUUUGCGGGUGAAGAACUCUUGCGCCAAAAAAUCUUGGUCUCCUGGCUUCUCGACCUCCCACUCAAGUUCCAAUCCGCCACUCGCGAAUUAAUCCUGUACGGAUCCCGCCGCUGGACCCUUUCCGCUUCCCCUGAAGAUUAUUCCGAAUCCGACUACACUUCAGACCCUGUCCCCCACCACCCUGAGAAAUACACUGGAAAUAAAUACAAACACAAAUACAAAGCAAAAUGGUGGUCCCUCCCCGACCUCCUCGAAGACGAACUUUCCUAUCGACGCACCUGCCUCCUUUCCGUCUUGGCAUCCAUCCCCCGCCACUUUUUACGGUUAUACAUCGUCCCCGCCGCACAAGGUCGUCAAUGCAAACUAGGUUACGAGAGUAGCGCCAGCUGCGAUAGUUACCAACUAGGCGAGAUGAUUCGGUUUCUCUGCACCAAGGGACUUUUUGCCCUUGUAGACUUUAGUCCGCCGAGUUUCGAUCGGGCUAUUACCCAAUAUGAUGGCGGGGAGAAUCCGCUGGCGAAAAAUAAUGACCUGGGCGGCAUUUCAACAAUGGAAAUCAACCAUUUCGUGGCGAUUUUACGACAGUGUCCGAGUUAUCAGAUUGAUCGACAUCAUACGAACUGCGGAUUAAGGACGAGGAUGUUGCCGGUUUUGGAUUACGUGCAGGCUAUGUUGAAUAGCGAGGUGGUGCUCGUCAAGAGGGCGGAUUGGGAGAAGAGGAGGGAGGAAGUUAGUUGGGUUAGUUUGGUGGAGAGACGGCAGGAGGAAGGGGAAGAUGGUGGCAGGGGAGAAAAAGGGAAAAAUAGGGUGUUUAGGUUCACUAGAACGCUGGCGGCGGAUCCGCGAAUGAGAUAUAAUAGCACGCUGGGGACGAGCAAGAUGGCCAUGGAACUGUUUCUGGCUGAUGAGUGGGAUUGGACGGCGGAGGAGUAUUGAGGACGUUAUGUUGUUGGUCUAAGUUGCAUCAGUUGGCGUUUAGAUGGCGGCAUAUUGCUUGAUCAAAAGUUGUCUUACAUAACCAGUGAAAUAGAUAAAGUAUAGAAGCGAGCAAGAUGCCAUCCGAAUGUUACCUC